AAAUCUAGUAUCACGUAACUGAACGUGUAAGUUGUUAGACCUAUGUAGCAGUAUUAUGUGCUAUCAUUGUGUCCGAAAGAAGAUAUAAAACAGGCGCUUUUCAGAUAAAUAAGUACCAUACUUGAAGAAGAUGUAAAGUUGAUGUCUAAAAGAAAAUAAAAGAGAGAGAAAGAGGGAUUUGACCAUUAAGGGAACAGUACACAUUAGAUACGUCUAUAUAUAUUUAUGUUCUUUUAAUGAGAAUUUGGUAAUUUUGAUGCAUUCAAAAGCUGGCAUUUCAGAGAAGUCUAGAUACUAAUUAAAAGGAGUUUAUCUGUUAAAACAGGAGUAUGUCAUUACCAAAAUCAGUUUACAGUCUAGAGAACUUUGAUCCAGCCCCAGAUGAUGAACUUUUAUGUAGUAUUUGCCAAAAUGUUUACUGUGAUCCAGUGGAAUGCUCUUGUCGUCACGUUUUCUGUCGGUCUUGUAUCAGCUCGUGGCUAGAUAUCCGCAAAACGUGCCCAAUUUGCAGAAAGAAAACAUAUUUUUUUGAUAUCAAACCAGUUGUGCCUAUUGUGACAAAUAUGAUAUCAAAGCUGACCAUAAAAUGUCCAAAUUUUACUCAAGGUUGUAAUCAGAAAAUUACACUUGAUAACUACUUGAUGCAUAAGAAAGUCUGUAAUUAUGAGAUGGUAGAAUGUUCAAACCCUGAUUGUCGAAAAAAAAUGAAAAGGAAGAAACUUGAACGUCACCAAUUCACUGAUUGCAAGUAUAGGCUGGUAACAUGCCAAAAAGAUUGUGGUUUACAGGUUCCGUUCAUGAAAAAGUUUAACCACAAUUGUGUUGAAGAGCUCAAAAAACAAUUAACAGAGGCUCAAAAGUAUAUUGCUGAAAAUGAUGCCCUGAAGGAAGAAAUAAGAAAGCUUCAAACAAGGUUAGAGGAAAAGGAAAAUCAUCAAAAUAAUGACAGUUUUCAAAUUUUAGACACAUUUUCUCCAACUAGGAACAACUUUGAGGAGAGUGAAACUUCAGAUGAUCUUUAUUCUGAUUAUUCAGAUACCUUCAAUAGUGAGUUUUCUCUGAGAUCUUUUUCUCCCCUGGAAUCCUCUUUGUCUCCACCUGAAUCCCCAAGAAUUUUUAGGAGUGAGAUAUCUUAUUACCAGAAUUCAGGUUCACAGAUCCACAGAGUAUCAGAAACUCCACAUUUAGGUGGCCCAGAAACUCAUCACUCUGAGAAUCUUAGCAUCAGACCCUCCAGAACUAACAACUCACAAGAAGAUCUUGAUAGACAGGAUGCAGAAACUACUGAACAGUCGAUUAACAUCUCAGAUAAUUUCGCUUCUCAGACUUCCAGUAUCGUAGAUGUAUUUUCUUCUGCCACGGAAGAUGCGGGUGAUAAUCAGAAUUCUUCGUAUCCUAGAAGCAGAUUUAGAAGACUGGUUGUUUCAACUUCCUUUUUCCCCUGUGAUUCAGAUACUGAUAAUGAUCCAGAAACUUCAACAAGAAUCACAGGUGACCAACAUUCUGAAGAUCAAAAUGACAGUCCGGUUAGGUUUAGGAGACGAGUUUUGAAACGUAAAACUCCCAUUAGGUCUCUCUCUGAUAGUUCUGAUGACAAUCCAAAUACUGAUGAGAGAGCUACAUGUAGCAGUAGUAAUAGUAAUGAAAUGAAUUUUACUAAAAGUGUGAGCACUAAUAAAGAAAAAACAAGAGAUUCUGGUUAUGGUUAUAGUAGAUGCACAAAUGGAUUACAAAAGAAAAGCUGUAAAGUCAGUUUUACAUCUGGAUGCUCUGGAGAAACAGCUGUUACUCAAGAUAUGAUGUCUCAAGAUGGAAGAACUUCCUUUGAACAGGAAGUCUUUAAUUUCACUGAACUGGACACAACAACAAGAAGAAAUGAAGCAAAUGUAACCCAAGUAAAUUAUAUGCAGUCUGAACCACAGCAAGGUAAUUCACUGAAUAACUGGUCUGGAGAGAAUACAAAAAGAAUUAGAAAAGUGAGACAAGAUGCUGUAACAUAUAGAAACAGUGGAGAUACAUAUAAAACUAGUAGUAAGGGAGAAGUAUGUUGUGGAGAAGCUACUUCAUGUGAAGUUGAGCUUCUGGGAACUGCUGCUAUGUUGGAAGCAUACAGUGUGGAAGAUGAUCCAGAAUGGGUUCCUCCUUUGGAGACUGAAGAACUUAGUGAUGACAUCACAGAUGAUGAAUGGGACACAGAAUCAGAAUAUGAGGUGGAAGUGCCUGAAAGAACAUGGGAUCUGAUAAUGAGGUAUGUCAAUACUCCAAGUGAUGAUGAUGAGGAAUGGCAGCCAAGGAGAUUACACAUUCAUUCUGAAAAUUGAUUAUCAUUAUAUAUUUAUCGGGUUCUAAUACUUCAUUUAGUUCUUAUCUUGAAUUGUUACAGUUAUAUAAUUUUUAAGUUAAUUUGAAAGGCUGAAUUGCAAUUUAAAAUUUGUUAAUAAACUUUAAGGAAGUAUAUGUUUAUGUUGUAUUUUUAGUGAUGUACACAAAGAUAAAAGUGUAUUAAAUACAUUCAGAAAUAAAUCUCGAGGAUCAUUA